CCCAUAUAAAUAAACAUGAGCCCAACAUGCAGGCCCAUUUUAAAUCAUCAAUUUAUCGUCUGCCUGAUAUCGACAAGGAAGUUGCCGACGGAUUCGAAAAUGGCCAAGUUUCUUCAAUCCUAUGGAUAUGAUCUGAUUCUGGGAGCUAUAGCUGCAAUUUAUGUGCUCAUGGCACCAUACACUAAAGUGGAAGAGAGCUUCAACGUACAGUCAAUGCACGACAUUCUUUUCCAUCGCCAUCGUUUGGACUCUUACGAUCAUUUGGAGUUCCCUGGUGUUGUGCCUCGAACUUUUAUUGGAGCCUUUAUAGUCUCUUUCUUUGCAUCACCCCUUGUGUUCAUUCUCAGCUUCCUUGGCUUCCCCAAAAUUUAUAGUCUUGUUGCAGCUCGUUUCGUGUUGGGCUGUAUCAUACUAUCCACACUUAGAUUUUUCCGGAUUCAGAUAAGGAUAAAGUUUGGACAUCAAGUCGAAUCUUUCUUCCUACUUCUCACCACUCUCCAGUUUCAUUUGCUUUUCUACUCCACUCGUCCUCUUCCUAAUAUUCUAGCUUUGGGAUUAGUUAAUCUGGCAUAUGCUAAUUGGUUGAAGGGAAACUUCUAUUCAGCUUUGAACUUCUUGAUUUUUGCCACUGUAAUCUUCAGAUGCGAUGUGAUAUUACUGCUUGGGCCUAUCGCUCUCGAGUUUUUAUUGACCAGAUCGAUCUCCUUCUUGAAAACGCUUAAAUAUUGUGUUGGAACCGCUGUGGUGGCUGCAGGUCUUACCAUUUCCGUUGACUCUAUCAUGUGGAAGAAGUUUGUCUGGCCAGAAUUUGAAGUUUUCUGGUUUAACUCCAUUCUGAAUCGAAGUUCUGACUGGGGUACACAUUCCAUUCACUGGUACUUCACCUCAGCACUCCCACGGUCUUUACUUGUAGCUUAUCCUCUAUCCCUGUUUGGUAUCUUACUUGACAGGAGGGUUCCAUUCCUUGUUAUUCCAGUUAUAUCCUUUGUUUUACUCUACUCUAAGCUUCCACACAAGGAACUCCGCUUUAUUAUUUGUUCAGUGCCAAUGCUCAACUUAUCUGCUGCUGUUGCUGCUAGCAGAAUCUACAAGAAUAGGAAGAAAACUAUUUGGAAACUGGCAAACAUGGUUAUGCUAGCAUUAUUUGCAAUCAGUGCAGGGUACACGGUUUUCACAUUCAUGGCAUCUUACAACAACUAUCCAAGCGGCUAUGCUCUUAAGCGCUUGCAUCAGAUAAGCCACCCUGCAAAUGUAAUGGGAGAAGAGUGGGUUCACAUAGACACUUUUAGUGCAAUGAAUGGAAUAUCUCGCUUUUGUGAAAGUGCUUUUCCAUGGAGAUACUCAAAAGAGGAAGAAAUGGUGGUGGAGGAGUUACGAAACCGAAAUUUCACCUACCUUGUGAACGAGCACCCGUCUGUGGAUGGAUACAAGUGCUUGUUUUCUGAAGAAGGCUUCGACAGAGUCGAACUGCGGCAAGGUUUCCCUCCCAUUGUUCUGGUAAAAAGAGCCAAAGUAUACGUGCACCAGGAUAUGAAGGCGGAUGACCAGUUGCAUAAGAAAUGGCCAGGAUGUUAGAUUCAUUGUUUUGGUCGAUGUAGCACAGCUUUGUUAUCCUCAGAGAGGAGAAGAUCAUGUAGCGAUGUCCAGAUAUUAGUAUACUUCCUUCCAUGUGCCUGUCGCUGUUCUGAUGCAUUGUCCUGGUCGAUGUAUCACAGCUUUCUGAGUUGACUUUUCUGGUUCGAGACGUUCACCAUUUCACUUGCCGGGUUUCCUACGACCAUUCUAACACUUAUUCCGCCUUAGUGUUGUGUGAAUUUCCAUGUAAAAGAGAGACAAAAAAACAUAAUUCUGAUGGUGAUUAUGGUCCUUACUAAUGUAAACUAAGAAUGUUUACAUUGUUUUUAAUCUUCAAGAAUGAUUAUAUUAAACAUUGGAGUGUUA